CUGACCUGCUGCAGUCGGCGCUACAUAAGCCCGCCCAAGGACUCCCCUCGCGCGCAGAAUCUGAAGUCUAAAUUGCCCCUUUCUCCGCAAGACAACCAGACCAUUAUCAGUAACUGGAAGGAACCAACCCCCUUGCCCAAAAGAGGGGGGGUAGUGAAAGGGAAAUAGACCAUUCUUUUCCAGUCGCUACUUUCCAUGACCGUCCCCCCGUGAGCUGCUGCAAAGUUGAAGAGCCCCGUUUCCUCUCCCGCCACCCCGCUGUUUGCCAGCAACAUGGAGGAGGAGAUUUCUCUUUUCUUUCUCUGAGCCCGUUAUCCUCCCCUUCGGGUCGCCCAGCUUCUUAACUGGCCCCUCCCAGCGCUUGAUGAGGUCACUCUUCAGCUGUUGUAGGAAAAGACUAUUUUGCCGAGUUUUGAACUGGAGGAAAGGGGAUUAGGGAGACGGGGGGGGGGUUAUUUGUUGCUUCUGGCGGGGAUUGAUCUUUUAUCCGGCAACUCUUUUGCAUGUUCUUUCAGUUACCAACAGUUACUCUCUGGUGUGGGUGGAGCUGGUGGGAUGUUGCUUUUGCAGACCAGUCCUGUCUAUGUGCGGUGGUGGGGACCCUUUCUUGGACUGGGGGACUUUGCCAAGCUGGAAAGUUGGCUAAAGUUCAAAUCGGUGUGACUGGGGCGAUCUCUGGAGGAGAUUAACAGUGGAGGAAGAAUUGCGAGGUGCCAGCAAAAGUUCUUUCCUGCCAGGGUCCAGGUCAUCCCAUCAGCCCUUCUGAGGUUCCGUAGAAUACAUUCUUCAGUUUAAUAUUUGAGAAACCUCAGCACGAAAUUCAAAAGAAAAAAGAACUAGGGGCAAGCAAUCCUGUCCCUCACGCUUGGAUGGCUCUUGAAAGCUGAGCUGCAUCCUGGCUGAUGAGCAUGGAUCCUACAUUGCUGCUUCCGGUUCCCCUUACUCCUGACCCCCAGGGUUUUAAUCAGGGGAUGACAGAGCCCAGUGAACCUCCCUUGGAUCCCUGCAACCUCCUUACUGAAAGGCACUACGAGGUGGUGCCCUGUGUGAUCUGUGCACUCUGCUGCGUUUUUGGAGUAGUUUACUGCUGCUUUGGUUACCGCUGUUUCAAAGCCAUCAUGUUUCUCUCUGGCCUGCUCUUUGGCUCUGCCGUGAUCUUCCUGCUUUGCUACAAAGAGCGUAUAUUGGACACGCAGCUGAGCUUGGAGGUCAGCGCUGGCAUUGCCCUGGGCAUCGGAGUCCUAUGUGGCUUAGUCACGAUGCUGGUGCACUCGGUUGGCUUGUUCCUGACUGGGCUUCUGCUUGGCUUGCUCGUGGCCACAGCUGGACUGGUGGCCACUGAGCCUCUGUAUGAGCUACCUAGCGCCUGGAUUCCUGCUGGAUCUCUGCUAGGCUUAGCACUCUUGGGUGCUGUCUUGGCCUUGCGUUGGCAGAAGGCCUUCACAGUGGUCUCCACAGCAGUGUUUGGGGGUGCAGUGCUUGUCUUCUGCUUGGACUAUGCUGUGGAGAACCUGGCGCUGGGCCACCAUGUCUAUGACCGCCUCCGCUUGGCACCUUCUUCCCAGCUGUGCUGGUGUGGCUGGGCCGUGCUGGCCACCUGGCCUGUACUAGCCCUGAUGGGAGUGCUGCUGCAAUGGAAAGUGACUGCUGAAGGCUUCUCCCAUACAGAUGUGGUCCUGAAUCGACGCCAGAAGCAGCUGCAGCUCUUACGGAUCCGGCAGCGUGAAGCCAAGAAAAGGCAGAGCCAGGUUCCACAGGAGGGCUCGUACCGACAUAAGCCCAACGCUGUCAAGCGCUGUGCAGGAGAUGUCCUUGCGCCAAGUUAUAUCCAGAGCCUACGUGAUCGCCAGCAGCUGGGAACUGGCACGUCACUGAGCAACCUGAGCACCAGCGCUCACACCACAGUGGACCUGGAUUACGACUGUGGCUCUACUGUUCCCCUCACCACUCCCCGUGGAUGCCUAUGAAGGGAGCCGUCUCUACUUCCACUUGUGCCUUAAGCAGGGACAGAGCCCAAUGUGGCCCCUCCCCCUGCUGGGGGUCUGAUUUUUUUUUUUUUUACUGUACAGCUGCUGGACUGAUAGGCAAACAUCCUUGGCUAGCCAGCCAUAUAUAGAUAGAUUUGUUUAAAAUCCUUUUUUAAAUGUUCAAAAACAGGUGGUUUCAUUUCCCUGCUCCUCUUGGGGGACCAGGACUUGAGGCCACAUGUGACUGAAUCAAAGUAGUACAAGAAAAGGAAUUUUUAAAAAAACACUAUUAAUUUAUUUCCAAUUACGUCAAAUGAAGGAAGAAAACCACCUCCUCUGCAGGGUAUCCACAGCUGCCUUCCAAACUAUGCAGGAAUGAACUGGCUGCCGUUAACUUUGAAGCUAGCGCAGCAAUGGCCUUUGUGUGGAUUCAGUUAAGCCAGGUACAGGGAACCUUUGACCCUCCAGAUGUUGCUGAACUACAACUCCUGUCAGCAUUAGCAUCCAUGCUCAAUGGCCAGGCAUGACUGGAGUUUUAAUUCAGCAACAUCUGGAGGGCCAAAGGUUCCCCACAGCAGAAUUAAGCCAUAGGCAUCUUUUUUUUAAUGAAGGGAUUUAUUUGCCUUAGCACAAACAAUGUGGUAUCUUGAGUACCUUUUGGCUUAGAUAAACUGCCCUUAUAGAAUCUUUUGACCUCAGGCGUAAAAUAGCUAGGAGGUAACUUGAAAUUGUUUGUUGCACUACUACAAGUUGAUGAGGGUAAAUGGCUCUAUCUGUGGUGCUUUGCAACAUUUUGCUCUUUUUGUGUAUGUGCCAUACGACAGAACUUUGUGGAAAAUUUUGCCAUUCAGUUACUCUUUCCCUAUAUCUAUAUAUUGUCUAUAUAAGAAGGGAAAGUUGUUGUUCUCUAUCUCCUCACCACCCAUAUUAAGCUCAGAGGUUAUCUCCCGGAGCCCUGUUUGCUCAUGGACACCCAUCUGAUUACAAUGGUAUGAUGGGGAGAGAGCGGAGCCAGUGGAUGUGGCCCCCCUUUCCCCCUCAGGUAAGCGGAUAAGGGAUGAAUGUCCAAAUAGGGCUCUAAUUGUCAUUCAAAGUGCCUUUAUCAAGCCUGUACAGAGCCUUGCCAGCACUGAAGUGGUUUUCAGUUUGACUUGAUUGUGGUGCUUUUAAGAACACGUAGAGAAGGAUUUAAACCAUUAAAAAAGAAGAAGCAGGUUGCACUGUUAACUGUAGGCUAACCACCCAAGUUCCAGUUCCUAAACUAUUAAUCUGAAUUCAGUGUGUACACAGUGGGUUUGACUCCUGGUCAAAAGACCUCUCUUUGAUAUAGCAGAUUGUUUCCUGUGAAUUGUUUUUUGUUACUGUUUUUAUAACUCCUGUUUAUAAUACUUAACAUGGAUGUAUUUGUGCUGUUCA